CGCUUAGAAACCGGAGUUUGCUUUCGUAUGUCCUGGGGAGAAGUUUUAAUUUUGAUUUAUUUUGUUGUGUUUCAGGCUGACGAUAAGGUGAAUUCGGAACCAAUUAAAAAACUGGAACCGGUCCUUCUGCCAGGAGAAAUCGUUGUAAAUGAAGUCAAUUUUGUGAGAAAAUGCAUUGCAACGGACACGAGUCAGUACGAUUUGUGGGGAAAGCUGAUAUGCAGUAACUUCAAAAUUUCCUUUAUUACGGAUGACCCAAUGCCGUUACAGAAAUUCCAUUUCAGAAACCUCCUCCUUGGUGAACAUGAUGUCCCUUUAACGUGUAUUGAGCAAAUCGUCACAGUAAAUGACCACAAGAGGAAGCAGAAAGUCCUAGGCCCCAACCAGAAACUGAAGUUUAAUCCAACAGAGUUAAUUAUUUACUGUAAAGAUUUCAGAAUUGUCAGAUUUCGUUUUGAUGAAUCAGGUCCUGAAAGUGCCAAAAAGGUAUGCCUUGCAAUAGCUCAUUAUUCCCAGCCAACUGACCUCCAGCUACUCUUUGCAUUUGAAUAUGUUGGGAAAAAAUACCACAAUUCAGCCAACAAAAUUAAUGGGGUACCCACAGGAGGUGGUGGCGGUAGCAGCCAGAAAACUCCACUUUUUGAGACUUACUCAGACUGGGACAGAGAAAUCAAGAGGACGGGUGCUUCUGGGUGGAGAGUCUGUUCCAUUAACGAGGGCUACAUGAUAUCCACUUGCCUUCCAGAAUACUUCGUAGUGCCAAGUUCCCUAGCAGACCAGGACCUAAAGAUCUUCUCCCACUCUUUUGUUGGAAGAAGGAUGCCACUCUGGUGCUGGAGCCACUCGAAUGGCAGUGCUCUCGUGCGGAUGGCCCUCAUCAGAGACGCGCUGCAGCAGAGGAAAAUCAGCCAGAGGAUUUGCAAUGCAAUAACCAAAAGUCAUCCACAGAGAAGAGAUGUUUACAAGUCAGAUUUGGAUAAGACCCUGCCCAAUAUCCAAGAAAUACAAGCGGCUUUUGUAAAACUUAAACAGCUGUGCGUUAAUGAGCCUUUUGAAGAAACUGAAGAGAAAUGGUUAUCUUCACUGGAAAGUACUCGGUGGCUAGAAUAUAUAAGGGCAUUCCUGAAACAUUCAGCAGAACUUGUGUACAUGCUAGAAAGCAAGCGUGUCUCUGUAGUCCUCCAAGAGGAGGAGGGAAGAGACUUGAGCUGCGUUGUAGCGUCUCUUGUUCAAGUGAUGCUGGAUCCCUAUUUCAGGACAAUUCCUGGGUUUCAGAGUCUCAUACAGAAGGAGUGGGUGAUGUCGGGAUAUCAGUUCCUGGACAGAUGCAACCACUUAAAGAGGUCGGAGAAGGAGUCUCCAUUGUUCUUGCUGUUCCUGGACGCCACGUGGCAGCUGCUAGAACAGUACCCAGCCGCCUUUGAGUUUUCCGAGACCUACUUAGCCGUGCUGGGCGACAGCACCCACAUCUCCCUGUUUGGCACCUUUCUGUUCAACUCUCCGCACCAGCGUGUGAAGCAGAGCACAGAAUUUGCUAUAAGCAGAAAUAUCCAGCUGGGUGACGAAAAGGGUUUAAAGUUCCCCUCGGUUUGGGACUGGUCGCUCCAGUUCACAGCGAAGGAUCGCACGCUCUUCCACAACCCCUCGUACAUCGGGAAGAGCACGCCCUGUGUGCAGAAUGGCUCCAUGAGGUCCUUCAAGCGGACAAAGAAAAGCUACAGCUCCACACUGAGAGGAAUGCCAUCUUCCUUCAAGAACGGAAUCAUUAGUGACCAAGAAUUGCUCCCACGGAGAAACUCAUUAAUAUUACAAGUAAAGCCAGACCCUCCUCCUCAAGCCGACGGCCAGGACGGUGGCAUGGAGCAGUUCUUCCGAGACUGGUUUUCCAAACCGGCCAACCUGCACGGUGUUCUUCUGCCACGUCUGUCUGUAGUGCACAUAAAGCUCUGGAAACUGUGCUACUUCCGCUGGGUCCCUGAGGCCCAGAUCAACCACGGGGGCUUCAUCACCGCCUUCCACAGGCUCUCGCUGCUGGCCGACGAGGUGGACGUGCUCAGCAGGACGCUUCGGCAGCACCGGGCCGGCCCUCUGGAGGCCUGCUACGCGGAGCUGGACCAGAGCAGGAUGUACUUCCGAGCCCGUGGCCCCCACGACACCUCGGGGACGCCAGAGUUUCUCUCCUCCUCGUUUCCCUUCUCCCCUGUUGGCAACCUAUGCAGACGAAGCAUUUCAGGAACACCAUUAAGCAAAUUUUUAAGUGGGGCCAAAAUAUGGUUAUCUACUGAGACCCUAGCGAACGAAGACUAAAACGGGGUGUCUUCUGAACAUUUUGAGGGAACUGGAAACUUUUCCUCUGAAUUUAAAUUGUUAACCUAGGCAUUUGAAGCUCUAAUAUGUCUAAGAAUAACCGUGAGAUUUGCACUAAUGUUUAAAAACAUGCUGAAUGAUGCGUCCUUCACUGUUUUUAGGAGAUAAGCAUGGGUUUUGGAGUGAUGUCCUUUUUCUGUUACCCUAGGUCUGGCUUGUGUUUCGGUGAUUUGCAGGCAGACAUUCCCACACUCUUAUUCCUAUGAUCAGACGAAUCAGCCCAUUUUUCCUGCUGUCUGCUUAGGUUGCCCGAUCCUCAGGUGAGCAACCCAGAGACGCACAGGUCAGGAGAGUUAAGAAGUGAGUGUUUAGCACAUCUUUAAGAAGCAUCGCUAAACCCCAACAGGCAUUAGUAGGUAUUGGUGUAUUUUCCUGGUCACUUCCUAUUGUCUCUAAUAGACCCACCUGGGGGUCAGUGUUCCAGCGCCAUAAUUUAUUUACAUCACUUCGUCUGGGACCGUGGAUCACUGUGUCUUAAAAUCCUGAGUUUGCUCUUAACUUCUUAGGACUAACUUUAAAAUAUGCACUGUUAACUUUAAAGCAUUUGCUGUAGAUAAUUAAACUUAGAAGUGCCUUUGAUAUUAAUAUUAAGGUAUGAAUGACACAGUUAAAUAUAAUUUGUUUUUAAAAUUAGGGAGUUAAAAUCCCACUGCAUAUUGGAAACAAGCUUUUCACACUAAGUCCCCAAAGCCACAUUUUCAACCCUCUGUGCAGGCCAAGGGGGGGUGGGGGGCAAAUGCCGUCUGCACUGAGCCCACCCUCACAAAGAGGGUUUUUCCUCCAUAUUUCCAGUGUGGUCAACCGUGGUUGACACUUUCUCUGGAAAUAACUAAUGAGGUCAUGAGUCAGGUCACCUGCACAGCAGUCCCUCCUCCUCCGACAAUGUUCUGAAAAUGCUUAGGAGUCAAGAACAGGAGAAAUAAAAUGUCCUCUCAAAAUCCUGCUGUUUUAAUAAAUAGCAAGAGAACUCCACCCCUCGCCCCACCCCCAACUUUUGAUAGCAAUAUGGAGAGGAGACUGAGAAGCAGAGAUGUGUUCUUGGUCUAAAACUCCCUUGUUUCCAGAUUGUGUGCAAGAGCCAAAGCUGUGGGUCAGAGCUUAACGUACGAUGGUCCUGAUGUUUAGCACCAGCCCCCCAGCAUCCCUCCUUCCCUCCUUAAAAGAUGAAUGUUUUCCAGUUUGGCUGUUAAACUGCCAUCCUAAGCUUUUAAAAGUUUUUAUAGUACAUUGUCGAGUCAGCUUAUUUCCUUUUCUAAGACAAAUUUUUUCAAAAGUGUGUCUUACCUUUAUACGUAAUGAAUAGCUGUUUCUAUUUUAAUUAUUUGCCUUUUAAAAUUGUUUGAUAAUGUCUCUGGACUCCAAGGGAUGGAAGUUCCUAUACGGCGUCUUAGAAAAAUCCAACUUGUGGCUAAACCCAGUGUUUUUGCCAACUUGCUGCCUAGAAAAUAAGGGCUUUUGCAGUUUACAUAAAUAGCAUUGUUGCCAUUAAACACUUUAUAGUCCUUUUUGGAAACCUGUUCCAACCCCCCUAAAACACCACAGCGAAUGUUCUGCCGGUGAAAGUGUACUAAUUAAUGCUUCUCCCUUUUUCAUUAAGCUGCUUUUUUUCCCCACUACAAAUUGUUCUAAAUUUGUUACUUUUGGAGGGGGUUGAGCAUUCAUUUCACUACCAUUUUCUUCCCUUCCCACAUUUAUUUCAGCUCCUUUAGUGAUUUUUUUGAUUUACAAGUUUAAGAACAAUUAGGUACUAUUAAUACUAUUUCAAAUAGGAAAUGUGCAUAUUUUUGUAUUAAAAUCAAAGGUAGUAAAAUAUGGUUUUUCGUUAUAUUUUGCAUUUUGCUGGACAGUUGUUGUAUCAUGAUUAUUGUGCCACAGCUCACUGUGCAUAAUAUGAAGAACAGCUCUCUCCGCCUAAGUCCUGGCACCUCCGGGAGCACCGAGGACGUGGUGACAGAGGUCCCACGGGGGUUACGUGCACCGUACCAAAGAGCUUCCCACCCGGCCCCACAGCCCUGCACACGAAGCCUGGGCCAUGCGGUGUCUAAAGACGCCUGGACUUUCUGGUAUUGAACUUAAAGAUGUACAAUGUCUUACUGUUAUUUUAUGAUGGAAACCAGUUUUAAAACCAAAAAUGUCUAACUUUAUUUAAGAGAAGUAUAUUAAUCUGUGCUAACAGAGGGUGAGAACCAUUGAACAUGCCCUUCAGCAGUCAGCCUGCUAUAGCAGUAACUCAAGAAGUUAGAACUUGACUUGAAGAGAAACUAAAACCUUUGUGCCUGAAGUUGACUGACGAGUUCAGGUAGCAGGAGUAGGAAAAGAUCUGGUUCAACAGUAAAAAAUGUGAAGAAACUCUAACUGCUAAAUAAACUCUGCACAGAACUGUU